AUGGUUACAGUCUUCGUCACCCGGAACGGUAUACCUACGCCCACCCUUGUGCCAGCUACUGGCAUAAUCCGCGCCCCGCUCCCUUCAUCCUCUUCAGAACCGGACUCGGACCCUGACACGACCCAGCCCCCUGCCACCACACCGCUAACCAUAAGCCAGCUACGCUCCAAGAUAGCUGCAGAUAAAUUCCUGGCCCGACAGGAUCGCAUCCGUGCCAAUCACGCUGCCACGCGGCCUCUCACGCACCAACCCCGCCCAUCCCGGCACAACACCCACGCCCACCAAACGUCCACCCCAGCCCAAUACCUCUCUGAGGAUGAUAAACCCAUCCGUCCCCGACCCGCUCGCAAGUCAUCCCCGCCCACUACACCACCUCGGGACCAGCCCUCUAAGCCCGCCCAAGACCCGGCCCCAUACACUGCCACGUUAACCACACCUACUUCCACCAAGCCCACCCGCAGCUCCUCCACGCAAAGCUCGAUCCCCACGGCGUGGCGAAGAACACAGAACCCUGAUAACACAGGACCAACGGACCAAGCGCACCAAACCAUCCAUCCCCUACCACCACAGCCAAUCAAUACCAGGGCAACCAAUACUGUACUCGCCACCCAGCCAACCUGUCAUCAUCCCACUACUACACCACAUCCACCUCCUACCCAGGCCACCCCUCUACCGACCAGUUGUCUCACACCAUCCAUUACCACUGCCUCUCCACCUCCCUUGACUCCUGCCAUGUUGCUACCAACCAACCGCACCACAAUUGCCACAACACCCACACGCACCACCCUAUGGCCCACGGGUUUUCGAGCCACCACACCCCUUCCAUGUCUUAACACGGCUCCGUGGCACCCCGGGGCACACAAUCGUACCAAUGUCCCACUCCCAGCAGACCCUACUCCUCACCCAUCACCCCACCCAUCACCAAGACCACCUGGCAUCGUUCAGCCAGAAAUCACGCAGGCCCAGUCUUUGAGCCUUCUCCACCAUGAGCACACUGCACAACCAGGCACAUCUAACAUGCACCCGCGCUCUGUCCCACCCCUUUCUAGGCCACCACCAUCCCCGGACAACCGGCCAUUACCACACACACAGCCCAACGGCCAAACGGCACCCUCGGUACACGAUUCGGCACAGCAACCCACCCGACUAGGACCGGCCCCCGACCAGCCAAUGGAACCAAUGGGACAGGCCGCGUACCGGGCCACCUCACCCACCGGCUCAGUUAUCCAUCUACCUACCAAACGCCCACACUCCGAAGUUGAUCCAGACCUGGACCUAGCCCACCCCUCUUUCACGCUACCACCAUCCAAACGCCACCACGCUAUGCUCUACCCGCCUACCCCGUCCUACCAGCCAGGUCCCCUUGACCCUGCACAGCCCCCGCAGGACUACACUGACCCACCCUCACACGAGGAAGACCUGGACGAAUAUGAUGCCAACUCUGCCCUCCAGUUUCCAGGGCUACGCAACCUCUACGAUGAAGGACAACCGAUCCUAUACCGCACAAUGACCAUGUACUGGGAACGCGAAGCACACCUCUUCCAAGGAUUUACUCCCGUGGAGAUUGCGGAUAUCGAACAACACUUCUCCGAGACCAUGGUUCGGAUCCAGUUUACUAUCAACCCGUCGCUUCAGCAGCCGGACAACCCACUCAGCAUCGUCAAUUUUCGGAAGGAAAUCGAGGCAAUCUGCGAGGAGCGUUUCGGGCUCACCUUCCACGGCGGACUCAGUGAACACAGGCAGCAGCUCCUGGGAACCCCCAUUCAACGCACCGCCCUCGCCUGGGCAGCCCCACGACGUGGAUACAUAUUCCUCCGGGAUAUCUCCGUCGUAAUGCUAUACCAGUAUGCUGGAGUCCUCAGCAACGGGCUAUCCUACCACCAGCUGGAAUACCGCAACCGGUCUAAACUCGCUCCGGCUGACAUACUCUGUGCCCUCCGCGCCCUUGGGGCCACGGAUGCCAUCAUCCAGAGCUACUCCCGUAUGUCUGGCGCCCACGGGCCGCGGGACCAUCGGGCGGCCAUUGGGUGUGUCAACUGGCCCACCGAGGGCAACUACCGCUUCCGUCUUGUCUUCCCCAGCCAAACCAUGGCCGAAACUGUCUAUGCCAACUACCGCCUGCAUGCUGCUGGAACAAACCGCCUGGACCAGGUUCCUCCCUCCAUGAAGCUACACCCACUGCGUGACCUCAGCUGGGACAACCCCUCCUCCACGUUCUUCCACCCCUUAUCCCUCAGUGCAACCAAACUCGUCGCCACCAAAGUUCGCAUCGGCCCUCUCCCUACAUUUACCACGCCUGCGGACAUCCUGGCGGCACUACAUGGCUCCCCUCCCCUGAUGUGGACAUUAUCGACGACUACGCAACCCUCACCUUUGACUCCCCAUCCCCGGCAGCCUUCCUAUGGAACGUCUCAGGCCCACAUGGGACCACCCGCCUCUACGUCCGUAAUAUAG